AUGCAACCACUAUCUUGGUCAAAUACAGUUCAAUUAACAUUAAGUAUUCAACAUUUCAGCGAAUUAAGGCUUUUAUUUGAACACAAUGCUCUACCUGCAAUUGAAUAUUUGAAUAUUACUAUUGAGAAUCUGGAUACUAAUUUACCUUUCAAUGUAAAUAUAUCAGCAUCAAAUGUUCAACUUUCGAAAUAUUCUCUACGAGAAACGGCUACUGGUGGUACUCAUCUGAAACACUUACUCUUACGUUAUAUAACUCUCAAUGAUGUUAUGAUAUUGAUUGGUUCGAUAACCAUGCCUUUACUUGAAGAAUUGAUACUUAUUGAUAUGUAUGAUGAUACUUUAGAUCAUCUUGAUCAAUUUCAAGAACUUUGUAGUUCUACAUAUUUACCUGCUUUGAAAACUCUUCAUUUCUCAUUAUGUUUCCCUCAAGAAAUUGAACAUGAAUGGAGAAUGAGUUCAUUCAAUUGCAAUAAUCAACAAUGGCCUUUUGAUAAUAUUAAUUGUUACAUGGAUGAGUGUUAUAUGUGUACUCCAGAUGCAAUAGAUUUGAUUCUAAAGAUCCUAUUUGUUAUCUACAAUUGUCCAAUUAAUCUACUCUAUCGCCACAAACGAACUUUUCACAAUUAUGGUUUCGCAACACAUAUAUCUGUUCCCAUUUGUACAAUUCGACGACGAUUGAUUCAAUGGGUCUGCGAUCAAAAAUAUGAGACUGAGCAAUUUAACAAAACUCUACAAAUAGUUGCAAGUGGUCAUGUUAAUGAACUUCAUUUAACAUAUUUAAAUGAACGAGUAAGUCAAAAAAAGGAUAAAUUGAAUGAAACUACUUAG